AUGACCGCCCUGUUCGAGUGGCCAAUUGCUCUGGCUACCAUGGUCAGUUCUCAUCUCCAAAACAGUCAAAGCAUUCCAUCUCUGAUUUCCACAAAAGGUGACCCUGCAUAUGAAAUGUACCGCCAGGCGACCCUAGGGGAUAUUGAUUUCAUUACUGGUGAUUACCUUGCUGAGGUGAAUCUGGCAAAUAACGCCACAGCUUGGAGAAAUGGAGAACAUCCCGGGUUUGAGAUCACCGCCUGGGAAGGCCUCCAACAGACAAUCGAUGUGAUAGCAGAGAAGGGUAUUCGUGUUGUGAUUAACGGGGGUGCUCUAGAUCCCAAGGCUCUUGCCUUGAAGGUUCAUGGAUUGGUCUCGGAGAGAAAAUACAACUUGAACGUUGCUUACCUUUCUGGAGAUGACCUCUACCCCGAUUUUGGACCGGACAUGCCAACAACGAAGGAAGAACUACAACAUCUUGACUCGGGAAAUCCCUCUGUCACCCCCUCAUCCUUAACAUAUGCAUUCCUCAACACAAAGAAAAAGACCUCCAUGGUCUCAGCCCAUGCAUAUCUGGGUGCUCGUGGCAUUUUAAAUGGUCUCAGGCGCGGGGCUGAUGUUAUUAUUUGCGGAAGAGUUGCUGAUGCCAGCCCUGUGAUCGCGGCAGCAUGGUUCUGGCAUGACUGGUCCGAAACCGACUAUGAUUGCCUUGCUGGCUCUCUGAUUGCUGGACACCUCAUUGAGUGUUCUGCCUAUGUUACUGGAGGUAACUUUGCUGGGUUUGAUAAGUAUGAUCUUAACAACCUAGUGGCACCCGGAUUCCCUAUCGCAGAGAUUGCAAACGAUGGAUCAUGUGUCAUUACAAAACAUCCAAACACUCAUGGUAUUGUCAAUGCAGAUACUGUCCGCUGCCAAUUCCUCUAUGAGUUACAGGGAGAUGUAUAUCUCAACAGUGACGUCUGCGCCUUCAUCGGCGACAUCGUAAUUGAAAACGAGGAAAAUGACCGAGUUCAAGUUUCCGGAAUCCGGGGAUCGCCGCCGCCGCCGACCACUAAGCUUGCCGUCUUUUAUCCUGGAGGAUUUGAGGCCGAAGUACUCUUGAAUGCAACCGGUUACGCCACCUCUGAAAAAUGGAAUCUUCUUGAGAAGCAGGUUAGGCAUUUUCUUCCCCGGUCGGUGAUGGAUGAGAUUGAGACUCUGGAGUUUCAGAGUAACACUAGAAUCGGAGUCCCUAGCCCCAAUCCUGUCUGUCAACUUGAGAGUACUACUUACAUGCGUGUUUUCAUUGCUGCCAAAGAACAGGAAGUCGUCGCAGCUGUGACAGGCAUUUUCAAAGAAAUUUCGUUGAAGCAUUUCUCCGGCUUCCACUCGUCUCUUGAUACUCGGACUGCUGUCCCAAGGCCUUUCAUUGCCUAUUAUCCUGCUCUUGUGAGGCAGGAUAAAAUCCUGGAAACCAUCAACUUAAUCGAAAAAAACGGCUUCAUCAAAUCUUACUGCACCGGACAUCCUCCGAAAUAUAAGAAUCUCGAGCCGCGUCACAGCUAUGAGUCUCAAGUCAACAACCUUGAUAUGGAGCCCACCAAGAACCUCCGUCUUGGUGAUGUUACCUUUGCCAGAUCGGGUGACAAAGGGUCAAACCUUAACUUCGGUAUUUUCGUUCCUAAUGCCGCCCAUUGGGAAUGGCUUCAGGUAUAUAUGACUGUCGCCCGCAUGCGCUUGCUUCUCGGAGAAGACUGGCGUGACAGUUUCCAUAUUGAGCGGGUGGAAUUCCCACGUAUUCAUGCAGUUCACUUCGUCAUCUACGGCAUUCUCGGUCGUGGUGUGAGCAGCUCUAGUCGCCUGGACGGUUUCGGUAAAGGAUUUGCUGACUACGUGCGGGAUAAGGUGAUCGAAUUCCCUGUCAGCCUCGUGGCAGGGAUUUGA